CGGGCGGCAGGCAAGAAAGAUUCCGGACGACACCCAGGUUUCAAUCCUCGGCACCGCUGUCCAGCCAUCAUCCAAUCCUCCUCUUCCCAGCACAAAAGCCAACCCAUGCGUGCCGCGUACCCUCCUUGAGCAUUGCCUGGCAGGGACUCGCACACGAUCCCGCCCAUACGACCAUGUCGUCCAUCUACAAUCUCGAGCCGCAGCCGACGGCGUCGGCAAUCAUCCACACGACCCAGGGCGAGAUCGCGAUUGAGCUGUUCGCGAAGCAAACACCCCUCACCUGUCGCAAUUUCCUGCAGCUCAGUCUGGACGGGUACUAUGACAACACCAUAUUCCACCGCCUCGUCCCCGGGUUCAUUCUCCAGGGCGGCGACCCAACGGGUACCGGGCAUGGAGGCGAGAGUAUCUACGAUGGCGGCGCAUUCUCGGGUGAUCUGGAUCCAUGGCCAAUGGACCAGCGCAAGGGCCAGAACGCUGGCCCCACGGGCGUGAACUUCAAGGACGAAUUCCACUCGCGGUUGAAGUUCAAUCGCCGUGGUCUGCUGGGCAUGGCAAACGAGGGCGUCCCGGACUCGAACGGGAGCCAGUUCUUCUUCACCUUGGGCAAGGCGGAGGAGUUGACAAAUAAGAACACCCUCUUCGGCCGAGUGGCCGGUGACACCAUCUACAACUUAGUUAAGAUGGGGGAGGCUGAGGUAGCAGAGGGCACUGAGCGGCCGCUGUACCCGGCUAAAAUCACCCACAUCGAGAUCCUUAACAACCCCUUCGAGGACAUGAAAAAGAGAGAGAGAAAGGUUCGACAUGAGGCGGCUAGGCCGGCCCCGGCCGAAAAGAGGCAGAAGAAGAGGAAAGGGGGAAAGCAGCUGCUGAGUUUUGGAGACGAGGAGGGUGAUGCCGAUGAUCUUCCCGUCGUCAAGAAAGCCAAGUUCGAUACACGGAUUGUGAUGGAUGUGGACGAAGAGCCUGUCCAAAAAGCCAUGCCAGUCAGAGCAUCUGUCAAAAAAGAGACGAGAUUACCACACAAAGAAGCGCCAGUUUCAGCCAGCCACACAACAACAGAGGCUCGGAAGCGCCCUGACAGCCCGGAACCAGUUCCGGCGAAGCAGGUGCCACCAUCCACGGUACCGGUCAGUGAGAGCUCCGGCUCCGGGGUUGAGGAGCCGCCGAAGAAGUCUUUUCUGGAACGGACCAACGAGGAGAUCGCCGCGGUCAAAGCAUCCAUGAAGCGCACAAUCCACGCAGAACCGGUCAAAGAGAAGAAAAAAUCGGCCUUGGAGCUGAUGGUACCAGAGAAUUCGAUGCGCGGGCGGAAACGGCGUCCAGGAGGGAACAAUAUCAGCUCAAAGGAGGAACAAGAAGCCUUGGACAUGCUGAGGUCCUUCAGAUCAAAGCUCGAGAAAGCCCCCGCCGAGAAGAAGGUGGCUCAGCCAUCUGGAAGCAAAAGCGAAGAGGCAGGCGACGAGAAUGCGGAGGGAGAGGUGUGUGACCUACACUUCAUCUCCAACUGCCAAAGCUGCCGGGCGUGGGAUAAAGAGGUCAGAGAUGAGAGCGACGACGAAGGCUGGAUGUCUCACACGCUCACUUUUGCGGCCGACAAGUUGGGCAAGGACCUCAGCUACCGGAAGAAAGCCGAGGAGGAACUGGUGGUUAUUGACCCCCUUGAGAAAGCCAGAGCUCUCAAGGAGGAGAAAAGAGCGGCUAGGGACAUGCGCGCAGGGGGCUCCUCGCGAGCGUGGGAUCGCGAUCGCGAUCGAGAUCGCGAGAGGGACAGGGUGGUCUACAGAUAGAGACCGGAAGGGGCUGCGAGGCGGACGCACCGAAAAUGUCUCAUAACCUGCAUACAAUAAUGAUUCAUAGUCUUACGAUACCCUAAAACGUAUCAUAUCACCACGUUGCUGUUCUUUCUGUAGCCAUUGCGCUGGACAUCUUCCGACCAUUUGCUCUUGUCUGAUGUCAUAAGCCAACAUGGAGCUUGGCUGGACCCUCAAAGACCCAGACUUCCA